AGACACACACACCAGCAGCUCCACCUCCACGCUGACCAUCACAGGCACACAGAGGCACAACCACCUCACAUCCACCUCAUACUUGUGUACUCUUAGGGUUCAGUCUUCCAUCCUAUCCCUCUCUGAUCUGUGCCUCCCAAUACCUUCUAAGAUGUUUACAGAGACCCUUCUCCCUGUGCAGUUAGGAGCGUGAGGCAAGAGAGCCCCUACUUCAUGGGGCAGAUCAAGAGCUGAGACCAAAGAUGGUCUAUGUUGCUGACCUUGUCCUGUCCUCCUACUGUCUUAACUAUGAUCCCUGCUGUGGUCACUGAAGCUUUUCCCUGUGAGCAGUGGUGUGUGAGAGCCAGGCGUCCCUCUGCCUGACCACUCAGUGGCAACUCCCUGGAGCUGCUCUGUCCUUUGUGAGCCUCAGCAGUUCCCUCUUUCAGAACUCGCUGCCAAGAGCCCUGAACAGGAGCCACCAUGCAGUGCUUCAGCUUCAUUAAGACCCUAAUGAUCCUCUUCAAUUUGCUCAUCUUUCUGUGUGGUGCGGCCCUGUUGGCAGUGGGCAUCUGGGUGUCAAUCGAUGGGGCAUCCUUUCUGAAGAUCUUCGGGCCGCUGUCGUCCAGUGCCAUGCAGUUUGUCAACGUGGGCUACUUCCUCAUCGCAGCCGGCGCUGUGGUCUUUGCUCUUGGUUUCCUGGGCUGCUAUGGUGCUCAGACUGAGAGCAAGUGUGCCCUCAUGACGUUCUUCUUCAUCCUCCUCCUCAUCUUCAUUGCUGAGGUUGCAGCUGCUGUGGUCGCCUUGGUGUACACCACAAUGGCUGAGCACUUCCUGACGUUGCUGGUAGUGCCUGCCAUCAAGAAAGACUAUGGUUCCCAGAAAGACUUCACUCAAGUGUGGAACACCACCAUGACAGAGCUCAAGUGCUGUGGCUUCACCAACUACACGGAUUUUGAGGACUCGCCCUACGUCAGAGAGAACGAUGCCUUUCCCCCAUUCUGUUGCAAUAACAUCACCAACACAGUCAAUGAAACCUGCACCAAGGAAAAGGCUGACCACCAAAAAGUAGAGGGUUGUUUCCAACAGCUUUUGUAUGACAUCCGAACUAAUGCAGUCACCGUGGGUGGUGUGGCAGCUGGAAUUGGGGGCCUCGAGCUGGCUGCCAUGAUUGUGUCCAUGUAUCUGUACUGCAAUCUACAAUAAGUACACUUCUGCCUCUGCCACUACUGCUGCCACAAGGGAACUGUGAAGAGGCACCCUGGCAAGAAGCAGUGAUGGGGGAAGUGUCAGGAUCUAACAAUGUCACUUGGGCCAGAGUGGACCUGCCCUUCCUGCUCCAGACUUGGGGCUAGAUAGGGACCACUCCUUUUAGGCAGUGCCUGACUUUCCUUUCAUUGGCGGGUG